AUGGACCUGGCGGCCUUUGACGGAUCGUUUGCACCGGCGGUGCGGCCGCGCGAGGUGAGGCUGGCGCCGUGGUAUCGCAGCCGUGACUAUUUCGUCGGGCAGUGGCUGGACGUGUCUGUGUGGAAGUCAGCGGUUGUCGAGAUGGUUGCAACUUCAUGCCUCGUCUUCCUCUCUGGCCAAAUCACCGCUACCAUAGAGGGCUACGGGACGCCACAAGUUGGUGGCUACAUUGGCAUCUCCAACAUUAUACUCCUAUCGACCUUCAUCUAUGCCACGGCACCUGCUUCCGGUGGCCACCUGAAUCCAAUGAUUACCUUUUCCGCGAUUCUGACGGGUCUUUGUUCCGUGCCUAGAGGCAUCCUCUACAUGUCUGCCCAGACUCUUGGGGGCGCCCUUGCCGGCGGACUUCUCUUGGGCGUCUGGGGCCAUGAACGCGCGACUAGCCUGCAAGGAGGCGGCUGCUGGUACGACCCAUCGCAGGCAUCCCCUGGCCAAGUCUACCUCAACGAAGUCUUCUCGUCAUUCGUCCUCCUCUUCCUCUCGUUCGGUGUUGGCCUUGAUCCCCGCCAGGCCGCGCUCUUCGGCCCCCGGAUGGGCCCCCUGCUGGUUGGCGCAUCCUUGGGCUUGGUGACAUUCUCGUCGAGUGGCAUCAUCCCCGGCUACGCUGGAGCGCAGAUGAACCCGUCAAGGUGCCUGGCAUUUGGCAUUGCAAGACGGAACAUGUCAUACCAAUGGGUUUGGUGGUUUGGACCCGCGGUGGGAGGCCUCAUUGAGGCUCUCCUGUACAAUCUUAUUCCGCCGCACCACACGGAACUCGUGAAGAAACAGGGCAUAGGGAACGAUCCAGACACGAUGGUUGGGCACACAGACAUACCUACAGUAUGA